AAACUUAAAGCGCACAAGGUCGUGUGAAGGAGAGCGCGAUCCAGUUUGGAGGCCAAUCACUUUUAUUCCUUGUAUCUCAGUCUUCCGGAUCGUGUCAAACUUUCUUCCAGGAUUUUGGCCAAUUUCUCUGUCUGCUAGGAUAUGAGUUCACAGAAAGGUAACACUCAGCGCACACGACCUCAGAAAUAUAAGAAUACUAAGGCUUUUAAAAACAACUUGCAUGAUACGUCUAAAGAAGUCAAACGUCUCAACAAUCUAACGUUCGACUUUUUGUGUCCUAGAUGUACAGGUGUUGUGCAAUGGAGAGUCAAAUACAAAAAGUAUCAUCAAUUAGCAAACCCUAGAGUUUGAACUUUAUUCAGCCAACUGUUAAAAACGUUCAUCAGAUAGGAUGUAUCUGAUAAAAUUAGAACAGCUCAAAGCUUAGAAAGCUCAUGACUCAUUCAGAUAGAAUAUCACUAAUCAAAGUACGAUGAAGUUUACAUCUUACAUACUGUCUUGUUUAAAUGGUUCUCCAAAUUCAUCAAAUGGAAAGAUUAAGCAGUGGAUUGAUAUCUAGUUCUAGUGCGAAAGUUUUGUUUAUAGUAUUUUGAUGUACUCUAUGCAGUUAGAUUCUCUCAUAUAAAAUGGGAUCUCUUAAGGCGUUAUUUGGAAUAGUUGGUGGUUCUUCAGAUGAAAAAUGCAGUUUUAAGUUACUUUCUGUGCGUCUCUCAAAACACAGCAUUCUUUUAGGUCAUUGACCUGAUAAGACUCGUCAGGAUAUUUGAGGCACUGCCAAUGAACCUAUGAGUCAGGAGUUUCCGAAAAAUCAUGCUGUCUUGAGAAGUGUAUAGUGAUGGUUUAUGAAGAGGAAUUUGAGAAUUUAUGAGGAAAGCCAUUCAGAAAAUUUACUGUGAUUAAUAGUGUGAAAUUUGGUUUGACAAUAAAUUGUUUUGCACUGCUAUAAGGCUUCAUGAACAAUAAAAGCAGAUGGUGCCCUCAGAUAAAAAAUAUGGAUAUAGUGUGAAGUGUAACGGUAAGACUGUAAAGCAAGCCUACCAUACAAUCUGUACAGAUUGUUCAAGUGCUUUGAAAAUCUGCUCUAAGUGUGGAAAAUCGGAUGGAUCGAUUACCUUCGGUGCUACAGAAAAUCAAGAAGAUAUUAACCAACAAUUUAUUGAUGCUUUGAAAAAUGUUCGUGAGAGAGAACGCCGUGCUCUUCUCCGUUUGACGCAGUCCAAUAAAAAACCAAUUGAGUCAGGUAAUAUUAACGCUGACGAAGAAUUUCAUCUAAACAGUCUGAAUAAGUUAAUUGUGAAGGAACUAUCGGAUAUCAAAUUUGAUGAGGACAAAUAUGAAUCAGAUGAUUAUAAAUACAGUUAGCGGGAUUGCAUUAAAAUAUACUUGUAAAUUUCAUAAAGCAGAUUAUUUCCAAACC